GGCCACGACAUGGCCGAGAUGCUGUGGCAGUGCACCUUCCGGGGGUCCAACUGCAGCGCCCGCAACUUCUCCGUGGUUCUCGCAGGCUCCUGAAACACAAUCCGCCCGGUUCGCGGCACGGCAGAAAGCAGCUUUGCUUUCCAGGCUAAGACAAAACAGACGAGGACCAUGAAGGAGCCCGGGGUGGACGAGGCCGCCCCCAGGGCCUCUGCAGACAUGGUGGCCUUUGCCGGCAGCUGCACCCUGCACGGCCUCAGCCACGUCUUCCUGCCGGGGCCGUUCACGCUGCGCCGCAUGGCCUGGGCUGGGGCUGUCCUGUCGGCGGUGGGCAUCUUCCUGUACCAGGUGGCGGAGCGAGUCCAGUACUACCGGGAAUACCACCACGUCACCAUGCUGGACGAGGAGGAGGGCCGGCUGCUCACUUUCCCCGCCAUCAGCCUCUGCAACUUCAACCGCAUCCGGCGGUCCCGGCUGACCCGCAACGACCUGCACUGGGUGGGCCGGGAGCUCCUCGGCGUGGAGCCCACCGACUACCCGCGGUACUUGGAGGCCCUGGGCCAGCCCCACUGGGAUGCCCCCGGAUUCUUCCCCAGCACCAGAUUGGACAUGCGGGAGUUUGUGGAGCGCACUGGCCAUCGCCUGGAAGACAUGCUGCUGGACUGCCGCUUUGGGACCCGGGAAUGCGGCCCGGAGAACUUCACCGCUAUCUUCACGCGCUUGGGCAAGUGCUACACAUUCAACUCUGGAGCCCCUGGCUACGAACUCCUCACCACGGUCAAGGGCGGAACCGGCAAUGGCUUGGAACUGAUGCUGAACAUCCAGCAGGAUGAAUACCUGCCCGUCUGGGGAGACACAGACGAGACCUCCUACGAAGCCGGCGUGAAGGUGCAGAUCCACAGCCAGAACGAGCCCCCCUCCAUUGACCAGCUGGGCUUUGGGGUGGCCCCCGGAUUCCAGACCUUUGUCUCUUGCCAGCAACAGAGGCUCCUCUACCUCCCACCUCCGUGGGGUGACUGCAAGUCCAGCCCCAUCGAGUCACCCUUCUUCGCCAAUUACAGCAUGGCCGCCUGCCGCAUUGACUGCGAGACGCGCUAUCUGGCUGAGAACUGCAAUUGCCGCAUGGUGCACAUGCCAGGUAAUGCCAACAUCUGCACCCCAGAGCAGUACAAGGAGUGCGCUGAUCCAGCCCUGGACUUCCUGGUGGAGAAAGACAACGAAUUCUGCUCGUGCCAGACGCCCUGUGAGACGGUGCGCUAUGGCAAGGAGCUCUCCGUGGUCAAGAUCCCCAGCAAGGCCUCCGCCAAGUACUUGGCCAAGAAGUACAACCGCAGCGAGCAAUACAUCGCGGAGAACCUGCUGGUGCUGGACAUUUUCUUUGAAGCCCUGAACUAUGAGACGAUCGAGCAGAAAAAGGCCUACGAGGUGGCUGGAUUGCUGGGGGACAUUGGGGGCCAGAUGGGGCUGUUCAUCGGUGCCAGCCUCCUGACCAUCCUGGAGAUCUUUGACUACCUGUACGAGGUGCUGCGGGAGAAACUUCUCAGUUACUACCAGGCCAGGAAGCAGGUGGACAGGAGCAACAGCAACAGCCUGGAGUACGUGGACCUCUCCCGCAGCCCAGGCGGUGCGCUGCCCCGUCCACCCAGAGUGCCUGUCACACACUCCGCAGCCGCUCGGACAGUGCUGGAUUCACGUCGAACGUGUUACCUCGUCACGCAACUCUAGGCAACUUCGAGGAGUUUGCCUGCUGAGGGGGCGCC